UUAGAGGUAGUAGAGAUUGGGAUUGUGAUGUUGGCUUAUGCGCCAUCGAUAAGUGGGAUGGACCGGAAUCGUGGAACUCUAUGGGAUCAGAAGACCACUGCCCGGUGUCGAGGUAUCUCGAUGGCGACGAAGAAGAUAGGAGCGACGAGGAUCGAUGGCUCUGGCUCCAGACAUGAAGAAGAAGAAGAAGAAGAAAUCUCUGCCCAAGGAGAACUACAAAGGAAGAAGAAGAGGAAAAUCACCUCUCCCUUAACAUUUGGAAAUGUCAACCCGGAUGAGUUGGUGGGAAAGGAACAUGUUGAGGAAACAUCUGCCCACAACAAGAGCCCUCAACAACCUGAUGAAGAAAUUCCUCAAGUUCAGAAUUCUCCAACUUCCUCACAGCCUCAAAUUGAUGAUGCUGAGAAUCAAUUCUGGCAGCUCUACAAUGACUGGAGAGCUUGGAAAGUUGGAAAUUCAGCAGAACAGUUGUUGAGUUGGGACCAGCAACUGAAGAAUGAGAAGAUCAUCAAGAAAUGCCUAGGUCUGCCAAUCAACUAUUGUUGUGAACAAAUCCUGGAUGUUGACUGGGUAUGGCAAAGAAACUAUGAAGACUUGCAUCUGGAACACUUGGUCACCUCACCAGUUUCAGAAUUUGAGGCUGACGAUGAGGAUCAUGCAGUCUACAUGCCAAUCUUCCCAAAGGCUACAAAAGAUCAGAUGGCUUUUACCACUAAAGCAAAAGCAGAUAUGGAAGCCACAACUGAAGGUUUCCAAGUUUUCCUGGAAAUCUCCCCUGCCAUUGAAACGGUUCUGACUGAAGCUGACCAGGAGAAUGCAGCCUCCACUCCGCAAGAACAGAACCAGGAAACCUCAGAAGAAGAACUUCAGCAACUCAUCCAAUCUCAAGUCCUUGAGAUUUUCACAACUCCCUGUGAGAUCUCCAAUCAGCCUGAACUUGAGAUUCCGGAAAAAUCUACUAGAAAUCUGGAGCAGUCCACUCCUCCAGAAGCAAAUGAAUUCCAAGAAGAGCAAGCUGAAGAAUCAGAAAAGACGCUAAGGAUUGAUGAUGAAGAAGGAGAGCAAGGAGAUGCUGAAUCCCUCCCUUUGCAACUCUUCCACAGAGCACCCUCCUCUCAUCAGGUAACCAACUUCCAUUUCCAUAGCUCUUCCACCCCUACUCUUCCGGAUGAAGUACCGGAAACCUGGACAAAGAAGGUCCAAGGGUUGAUUGAGUCAGCUCUAGCGUCUCAGCAUGCCUCUUUUAGGCAAGAGAUAGAGCAAAUGGAAGCUAGGCAUAACAAGCCGAUGGAGAAAUCUGUUAGAAUAAGUGCCCUUCACUAGAGGGGGGGUGAAUAGUGAGGCACAAGAAUGUUUAUAAAUUUUCGCGGAAUAAAAAUCGCAGGGAUAAAGUAAAGAGCGGAAUAAAAAGGAGUAAAGGGAGCACACCAAGAUUUACCCUGGUUCACCACAACUUGUGGCUAAUCCAGCCUCCCGAGAGACUCUCUCGAGCUACACUACUUCCGUUAAGCUUACGGGUGCUUAACAAACCGUU